AUGACCAAGCUUUCUUUCAUUAUUGUUCAAUGGUUGUGUUUGGUUGCAGCUGGGAUGAUAAUCAUCCAGGGAGAGGGACAGUCACUCAUGGAGAAAGUUGUGAGGGUUGAAAAUGAUUUGGGUGAUGGAAUUAACUUAAAUGUUCACUGCAAAUCUGGAGAUUCUGACAUUGGAGAGCAUGAUCUUGCAAAAGGUCAGUAUAUCCAAUGGUCAUUUAACUGUAGCUGGUUGGGUACUACAUUGUUUUGGUGCUCCAUGAAGUGGGAAAAUGUGCAAGGUAGUUUUGAUGUUUUCGAUUUUAAAAGAGAUUUUCCUUUAUGUGGAUUCAAAUGCUGGUGGAGUAUCAGACAUGAUGCUGCCUAUUUUUAUGUUGAAACUAAGGAUGUUUGGGAGAAGAGAUAUGUUUGGCCAAAAUGA